AUGAAAUAUUCAUCUUUUGUUAUUGCACUUUCCCUCGCUUCCCAAGUGUUGGCUUCUCCAGUACCUGCAGUCAAAUGGGUGACUGAGUAUGAGUAUACGACUGUCACAGUGGGCUUUGAUGCAUACACAGCCUACCUUGCGUCUGCCUCCAGCAAGAGCCCAUCAACUCAUGUCCCAAAUGCUCCUGCUACGAAGGAGUCCUCACCUGAUGAACCUGAUAAUACAGUCAAUGUGGUGCAAGAUACCCCCUCGCAAGUUACUCCAGAAUCGAGAACGACCGAGGAUGCUCCAGUAGACCAUCCUUCCACUCAGACUCCCUCUGUUCUGAACAUUACUCCUACAUCUGAUGUGUCUCCUACUUAUACGUCGACAAGUUCUACGGCAACGGGCAGCGAACCCUCGGGAUCAACGUUUUCCGGUGAAGGUACUUACUAUGACCCUGAAAUGGGCGCCUGUGGUAAAGUCAACUCGGGUACUGAAAUGGUGGUCGCUGUCUCUCACGAAUUGUAUGAUAAGCACACUCCAAAUGGAAACCCAAACAAAAACAGUCUUUGCGGCAAAAAAAUCAGAGCUUUUUACGAAGGCAGUUCUGUCGAGGUGAGCAUCGUCGACAGGUGUGUUGGUUGUGCUCAUGAUGACCUUGACUUGUCACCAUCUGCUUUUGAAAAGAUCGCGGACAAGGACUUGGGAAGAAUUAACCUUACUUGGGAGUGGGUUGAGUAA